GCUCAAAAAUUGUUUUGUGUGAUUGAUCGAUUAAAAAUUGAAAGAAGUGGGAAAUAUUGAAUAUUCAAUGACUGAGAAAAAUAAGCAGUCGAAAGAAUUAAAACACGAAAUAGAAACGGAGUAUUUUACCAGUGUUAUGCCAGCAGAAGAAAAAUCAGAGAAACAUGUGGCAAAAGAAGCCGACAUUGAGGAUUUAAAACAACUGCGAAGCAAAUACGAGGGGAAAUUAACAGCCUCCCUCUAUGCUGGAACUCUCCUCGUUGCUGUCGUUGCCUUGAUUCCCGCUCUAGGAAUUCUCUGCGUUCCUAACUAUCAGGAUUUAACUGAAGCGACUGUCCCUAUAUCGACUUUGACGAUAUUAUUAUUCUCUUCAUUAAGUUUACUACUAAUAACGCAACUACCGUCCACGUUAGCAUCCGCUAAAGCUAGACUUCUCAUUGGCUUUAUUGCGUCUGCUACUUUAGGUGUUGGAAUUAUAAUCGUGCGUGCUUCGGUACCCUUGUUUAUCGCAGUUCACGCAAUGAUCGCUGUACUACCGAGAGGUAGUCGACAAACACCAACGAUUCUUGCAAUUACGCUAAUUGUUAUUCAUUUAGGCAUGCGAUUCGUGCUUCUCGAUCACUCGAGCUACUAUCAAAUAGUCGAGACAUGCAGCGAGAUCGUCUUUCUGUUUGCUGCAGUUUUGUCGGGAUCGUAUUAUAGCAUCCUAACUACAAAAGCGCACAAUAGAACGUUUUCUAGAACAAAAACAGUCAUCGAAUCCAGAAUAAAGUUAGAAUGUGAAAGAGAACAACAAGAACAGUUAUUGUUGAGUGUUAUUCCGGCUUAUAUUGCAGCUGAGGUGAAAAGAAGCAUUAUGUUGAAAAUGGCGGAUGCGUGUCAAGAGGCUCGUAAACAUACGCAAACUAGAUUCCAUGAAAUGUACGUGCAACGAUAUAACAAUGUUAGUAUUUUAUAUGCGGACAUUGUUAAUUUUACACCGCUCUCAGAACAAUUGUCAGCCUCGAAUUUGGUAAAGAUAUUGAACGAACUAUUCGGAAGAUUCGAUCAAAUCGCUCAGGAAAAUCAAUGCAUGAGAAUCAAAAUCCUGGGUGACUGUUACUACUGCGUUUCAGGAUUACCCAUUUCUCGACCGAAUCAUGCGUACAAUUGCGUGACUAUGGGAUUACAAAUGAUAGAUGCUAUCAGAUUCGUUCGCGAAGCAACGGGAUUCAACGUGGAUAUGCGAAUAGGAAUACACACCGGAAACGUGCUAUGCGGUGUACUUGGUUUACGAAAAUGGCAAUUUGACGUUUGGAGUGAUGAUGUUACACUGGCAAAUCAUAUGGAGAGCGGUGGUUUACCGGGGAGAGUGCAUAUAACUAAAGCUACCCUGCUUCAUCUUGGAAAUCACUUCGAAGUGGAACCUGGCAAUGGAGGGUCGCGAGAGAGCUAUCUUGCCCAGCACAAUAUUGAAACUUUUUUGAUAGUACCACCAAAGAAAGCCAACCAAGAAAAUCACACGGAUGAUGAGCGCGAACGCAGUGCUGUCUCCAUACCGUCCAGAUCAAGACCAAGCAGUAAAAUGACAAAAUAUGUUGAAAGUUGGGGUGCUGAUAAACCUUUCGCCAACGUUGUAGAAGCUACGCUUGCUAAGAAUAUUGGCCUAACGAGCAUCGCUAUGAUUGAAUCGAAUCUUUUCGUAAAUAGUAAUUCUAAUUGUUUUCUCGAUAUAAGAAAAUGGUGUCAGAGCAACGAAGGCAUGUCAUCCUUCACUUAUCGAUUUUAUGAUCAAAACCAAGAACUUCAAUACCGCCAACAGAUUGAUGAACAAUAUCCGUGGUAUCUCCUCGCUUCAACUAUUAUUUAUGCUAUGAUCUUCGCCAUUCAAAUUAUGUAUUUACCGAGGAGCAUCACAGUUUACAGUUGUUUUCUACCUGUUUUAUCAUGUUUAUCCAUUUUUUCCAUAUUAUGUUGGUCAAAUAUUAAAACCAGAAUCGAUGGGAACAAUAUACGAAGUUGGUUAUCCUUGAACAGGGAAGUCAGAAUAGCAGUAUACUUAAUUACGGUCGUUUUAACGAUCACGUCAUGCGUUCUUAGUAUAUUGUUGAACGAUAUCGAACAGGCAAACAAAUACGAUGUCAUCGUACCAUUAUAUAUAUAUACUGCGGUGAUGUCCUUAAUCGUAGGUUGGACACAUUUACGUGUUGAUUUUUUGCUAAAAUUCUGCACAAUGUUUCUCUCUCUAACAACAAUCGUAUUUGUGUUUUCGCAAGCACCAGUCGCACGAUUGUAUAAUGCGAUCGAGACCGUCGAACAUUAUCGCAUUCAUUAUUUAUUCACAAUUUGUUAUUUACUUGCACUUGUAUGCCUCGUGCUGCACAUUUUGGAUAGACAGAUUGAAUAUACUUCGAGAACUGAUUUUCUAUGGCAAAAUAAACUGAAAAUAGAACAGGAUGAGGUAGAAACUAUGAGAGGUAUUAACAAGAUUCUUCUCGAAAACAUACUACCUGCUCAUGUAGCAGAGCAUUUUUUAACGAACGUCAGAGCAACUCAGGAUCUUUAUCAUGAAAGAUACAGCAGUAUUGCCGUAAUGUUUGCAUCCAUUCCAAAUUAUAAGGAAUUCUAUGAUGAAACCGACAUAAAUAAACAAGGAUUGGAAUGUCUGAGGCUUCUAAAUGAAAUUAUAUGUGAUUUUGACAAAUUGUUGCUUAAGCCAAAAUUUUCUGGAAUCGAAAAAAUUAAAACUAUCGGUAGCACCUAUAUGUUGGCUUCUGGUCUUAGUCCAGGGAAAGAAGAUAUUGAUGAAAAGGAACUUUCAAAACAAGAUCAUAAUAUAAUCAUUCUCGUUGAAUUUGCUCUUGCUUUGAUGACAAUCCUCGAUCAAAUCAACAAGGAAUCUUUUCAAAGAUUUAAAUUAAGAAUGGGUUUAAAUCAUGGACCUGUAAUAGCAGGGGUGAUCGGAGCACAAAAACCUCAAUACGAUAUUUGGGGAAAUACCGUAAACGUAGCAUCAAGAAUGGAUAGUUGCGGAGAAAUGGGAAAACUUCAAGUUACUGAAGAUACAGCCAAGAUUCUAAUCGCCGCUGGUUAUGAAUUGACGUGUCGAGGCCCUACUUAUGUCAAAGGAAAAGGAACUUUAAUAACAUAUUUCGUAAAAACACCAUUCGACGACAAAGAAGAAACUUAAUUUAGGAAUGUUUGACUUAGGUCAGACAAAAUCUAAAGAUGCAAAUGAAACGGAAAAUGUAAUGAAAGAAAAGAGAUAGAGGAACAGUCACUUUGUUCAUUCUAAAAGCCGAGCCAAAAAAAGUAAGAGUAUAACGUAAGUUUAUACUUGUUACUUAGUAAUGUCAUUAGUGAAUAAAUUAUGAAUACACGUGAUAAAAUUAUGAAUUAUUUAAUGUUAUACUGUUAUAUAAACAAACAAUUAUAUGUUUAUAUAUAUUCACAUAUAAGCAAAUACACAUUAUGCAUAUAUAA